UUCAAUGCAUAUGAUGUAGGGGAACUGAUAUGAGCAGUCCACAUGGCAUACAUGUUGGCCUGUUAGACCGUCUUGUAAUUAUACGGACAGAAACUUAUGGUCCAGCUGACAUGAUACAGUAUGGGAUUGUAUACCAGCUUGGCAUUGCCAAUAAAAGCACCAGCAUUGCCGUCUAUUUGUUGUCUUGGAUCUAUGUGGUUGUGGUUGUUGCUAUUUAUCUGGUAAUCAUGCAUGCUCAUGACAAGUACUCUACGAAGGAGCACAUUUACUACCGGGCAGUUAAAUUGUUCGUCAUCUGCCUCACGACACUGGUGGUUAUCAUAUUGCUGAGAUUCACCAGGUGAUGAUGUGGUUACUUCAAACACACGGCUUUAUGACAGUUUUUUCAAGCAGAGAUGCUCCUUGGUGUUGCUGGCCAAAUGGGUACUCAAAACUUCAAUGUGGCUGAUUUUCAUUCUCUGGAUUGCUCUGAUUUUUCUCUAUCCUAGGACUGAUUUUUUUUUUUCCUUUUAUUUUUCUUUUUUAAGAAAGGAGAACUAUCCUAGUUCAUUAUAGGAAUCCUAUUUAUGUUGUCCUAAUUUUGCAUGUAACUAUAAUAAAAUAUGAUGUUUCUAUUGUUGAUGGAAAAUACUCCACUAAUCAUAAACUGAACAUUCUUUCUGUGGCCUUGUCUCCACUGAAAAUGUAGGCUGUUCGCACUUGGCACUUUUCUCCAACAGUCACUUACAGAACAACCAAUUCAAUGGAUCGAUUAUCUUCCUGGCUAAUCUCUCACUGUCUGAAUUUUAUGUCUCAAACUCAAGUGUGUUCCUAGCAAGUCUUUAAACAUGUUUUAUUUUUGUGCUGCACACUGAAGCAUUUGCUGAUCAUUGAUUUGCACUGUGCAGCAGGCCUAUUUGUGUAAUGUCAGCUGUUCCAUUUACUUUGGGUUGGCAUCUGUAGAGUCUAUAUAGGGAU